GAUAACGUUGAGACGAAAACUUUGAAAUUCAUGAGAAUCAUGAUUCGGGGGCUUUGGCUGGCAAUCGUCUUUACUUUAGCGUCUUACGCUUAUUCUCAAAUGACUUGGACCCCGAUCUUUGUCAGCGGUGAGAGUCAAGUGGAUUUUUGGACCCAAAGUGAAACAGGGUGUGCAUGUAGCUUUAAUUCGUCAAGUAAAAAUUGCGCGUGUUGUGUAUUAUCGGGUGGUUGUAGCUGUGGUAUCGCCAUGCCUAAACGAUGUGCUCAAUGUGGCUUGGAAAAAUAUUGUACAAACAUGUGUAAUAUAACGUUAGAUAGCAAACAACUUCUGAGAAAGUCCAAUCGGGCUUUUGGUCAGAUAAAAUCACCAUCAGUAAUAGGACCAACUGAGUGCACUUACAGGUUUAUCCCGGAUAUUGGUCAACGAGUCGAAUUACAAAUCUAUCGUUUAAUCUCUAUUGGACGUCACAAUGGAACAGCGUGUGAGGGUGGCUGGCUCGAACUGGAAGGCGGCGCCCGUAUUUGCGGUUCUAAUGCUCGAUUCGAUCGACCCGUCGUUCUUUUUUCCGACAAAACCGAAGCAACACUCCGAAUGCAAAUACACGAGAACACUACGAGAUCGCAAUUUUUAGCAUAUUUUAGUUUCGCGUCGAAAGCAAGCACGUCCGUUGGCUGGCCGAUGAGAGGUGGAAAAGCUAUUAAUAAUACGGAUUGUGAUUGGAUCUUCGAGGAUUGUUUGAACACAGAUUGCAUUCUGGCGAGUCCCGCCUACCCGGGGCUUUAUCCCCCAAAUAUACGAUGCCGCUAUCUCGUCAAGUCAAAUAUCAACGUAUCAAUUACAGUUGUAUUUAACUCCUUGCUAUUAUCUUUUAAUCAGUGCACCGACGAUUACGUCGCCAUAUACGCGGGACCCAACAUCUCAAGUACACUGCUCAAGAAGCUAUGCAAUAAUGAGAAGAUGUCUAUUGUUCACGUCGGAACUGAGAUACUCGUUGAGUUUAAGUCAGGCUCGGAAAUGUCACCGUUCAACUACAACGGAUUUUAUGCUCAAGUUACUGUUAAUGAGUUAACAACAUUACCGCCAACAACCACCACAUCAUUUUACAAUACAAUUAAAACUGUCGAGGAUGCUGCCAACAACAGUGUCAUCAGUGACGUAACAAAGUACAAUAAUCGUAAUCUCAAGGAUUUACGGAGUAACCCUUUGGCCGGGAGCAGCGAAACCGCAACCGGCUGCGAUCUUGAAAUAGACGGCAACAAGUCGAGGUUCGGUCACUACAACACAAGAGGAAAGAUUCAAUCUGCCAACUGUCACUUUGUUCUUCGAGGCCGGAUCCACGAUACGGUUCAUAUACUUUUGAUCAGUUACAACCUGAGCGCGCCAGCGUGCAAGACAGUGAUUGAGAUCUGGGAUGAUAUUGUGAUGCCGGAGGAAAAAAAUUCAAAGAAUCUCAAGACUCCCAAGAGAAUUUGUAGUCCGGCCCAGGCGGUUAAACGGCCACGACAAUUCAAUCACUCCGAAAGGUAUAGUGAACCCGAACAUUAUUCAUCAACCGGUCGUGAGCUGACGAUUGUUUUUAAACGACUAGACAACAAAACAGACGAUCAACAAUUCGUGGAUUUCUCGUAUUAUUUUCAUGACGAGGGGGAAGGUGGUACUUUACGACCCUCCAGCACUUGCGAUGUUGAGUAUUACGGUUUGAGUUCAUCAAGACAAGGACAGUUGACCAAUCCCAUUUUCAAGUUUUUUACUUACCAGGAUUACAUAAAAUGCAAACAACACUUUAUACCCGCGACAAAUCAAUCGGUCAUACUCACGGUGGACAACGGUGUCACCAAUGAAUCAUCAAAUAAAUCCUGUAAUACACUUUGUGGUGAUAACGGCUGCCAUUGUGUCAGUGAUAACCAUCUAGACGAAAUAAAUCAUGUUAAACUAGUCUCCGAGCCGAGCAACAUUGUCAUCUGCUUGUGCGGCAAUUACGAGAAUUGGCUGCCACUCAGAAUACGAAGUUGGAGUCCCCUUUACAUCGAGUGGUCGCGAUCCUCCGGAACAGAUCUCAAUGUAAAAGCCGCAUACAAGUUUAUCGAAGAUACUUACUGCGGUGAUCACUCGACAACUCAACUCGAGGGUGUAGUCAAAGCUGGCAAUUUGACAAAUAACGCAAUAUCUAAUCAAUAUUACCAGCAAAAAUGUACAUGGAUUCUGGACUCGACGAUUGAUCGGCAAUUAACUGUCGAGGUUGAGUCAUCCCAGGACCGACCAUGUACGUCGUGGAAUUUGACAAUUCACGAGUACAGCAGAAGCGAAAAUCCACUUGGUCAAAGACUUUAUACAUUUUGCUCAAGAGAUAAACGGAAAAAUUUUACACUACCGUGGAAAAUGAAUACGGCAAUCAUACGACUGCAAGCGUUAAGUAGAACAGCGCCCCAGUAUGUCAUUAAAUGGCGCAGUCUCACAACUUUGAGUACCACCCGAAAAAACCAGCCUUCACCUGCACCUGACUACGUAUUGAAGUCAUCGGACGGCACUUCGAAUGUUUAUAACCACAAGAAUUUUAAAUUAAUUAUAUCAAUAGCAAGUACACAUUUUAUUUUUAUAUUUUUUGUAUUUUAAAAUUCCCGGCAAGAAAGUGAUCGGGUGUUUCCGGUUUCACUCCCACUCUGGGUCUUCGAAGUACCGAACAUCCCCUCCACCUUCCUUGCGCAUGCGCAGAUCAGGAAUAACCGGUAGUGGGGGCGAUGUCUUGUUCAUUCUCUCUCUGGGAGAAGUUUGUUGAUUUUAAUUUCUUUUAACCUGAAAUUUUUUCUACGUCACGCGAUUUAACGAUGAAAUAAUGAAUUGUAUGACGAAAAAUAACAAUAAUUAUUAUUAUUAUAUUAUUAAUUGUUGAAUAAUUAUUUGUUGACGUAAAACGUUACUGUCUGACAGUUUAAGAGAAUUGAUAAAAUAAAAUUUUGUAAAUAAUAUAAAUACUAUAUAAUAUAUUAGAAAGUACAGAGUAUUUAUAGAAUUUGUACAAAUAUAUGAUAAAACUGAAGCCUAGGAAAUGAAUAAUAUAAAUAUAUAUAUAUAUAAUAUAUAGUUAUUCUAAAGUAAAAUGUAAUAAAAUAAAGAAAACAGACUAAAUAAAAUAUAAAACGUAUGAAUGAUUAAAAAUAAUUAUUAGUAUUUUGAUAUAAAUAAUCUUCAAGUACUCGGUACUUAAAUGAAUUGAUCGGCUGUCUUGUUCUUAAUUAUAACAAAUAUAUGGUACUAGCAAAAGGAAUUUUAACUGAUAAAUAUAAAAAUAUUGAUACAGGGUUUUAACUCCCAUCAAUAUUCCUCCAUGCAUUUACUGGUUUUAGAAAAAAAAUAAAAUAUAUAUGUAUAUAAUGAUAUAUUAUUAUACUGUAAAAUUAUAAUAAUUAUAAAUUAAUUAGAUAGAGAUAUAGAAAGGUGAUGGAUUAUUAAUAAAAUAGUAUAAUAAUUGUGACGGUAUAAAAAAAUACGAGGCCGAAAUCGCUACUGAGUGGCGUUAAAAUUUUUUUUUGCCAAUUACUUUGUAAUUAACGUCGGUAAUUUAAAUAAAAUUUUAAUUGUUAAUUAUUAUUUUAAAUUAUUGUGAAUUUUUACAGCACAAUAUAUGAACAUAUAUACAUUUGUUUAUAGACAAUUCAACAUAUCAUCGUGCAUGAGAUUUUAACAGUAAUUUUUAAUUGUUUUUCGUUAAUUAAUUUAUUAAAUUAACAUGAUUAAGUUUUUUUUAAUUAAGUAAAUUUUUAAAAGUUGUAAACGAUUUAUAAAAAAUGAAUUUAAAAAAUCGUCUGAUUUUUAAGCCGUCCAAAGUAAAUAAAAAAAAAAGUAAUUAAUGAGCACAGUCUAAUUAGUGUGAUUAAUAAUGCGUGUCUCGACCUCGUCAUAACAAUAUUGAAAGUCUACAGAUUAUUGUAAGUUAUAAUAUGACUCUGUAACACUAAACUAAACAUCGACAGAGAACUCGAUAGACCUCACACAUAAAAAUAAUAAUUUCAUCAUGAAAAUAAAAAAUGUUGAUUACUUAUUUAGAAAAAUAAAUAAAAAUUAAACGAAAAAGUACCGUAUUAAAUUUCUUCUCUGAGAAUCAUAGAAAAAAAAUUUUAAAAAAAAACUUAACUGCAGAGGCUCAAAUUUUAAAAAAUUUUAUAUUUAAAUUAUAAUUGUAAUUAUUAGUAAAUUUACUUGAUAGUUUAUAUUUUCAACGAAUUAAAUCCAACUACAGUUAAAUUUAUAAUACGUCCGAUUACAAUAGUUUAAAAUAAUUA